AUGACAAUAACUAAUUUGAACGCCCCUUCACCGGAGGAGAGUGUCGUCCCAUCGGCACCGGCACCAGCACCAACUCUGGCACUGUCACCGGGACAAACUCCGUCACCGUCACCGGAAAAAACUCCGGCACCAUCACCGGAACAAACUCCGGCACCGGUAUCAACAUUGGUUGAACAAAAGGACAAUCCAUUGAACAAGUCUUGUGGACAGAUAAUCAAUUGUAAAGAAGCGAAAAAUCAAGUGUUGUUCUCCGUUCCGAUGAUCGUCGUGAACGGUUGUUUCUACUUCAUCAGCCUCGUCUCCGUCAUGUUUGCCGGACACCUUGGGAAACUCGAGCUCGCUUCCUCAAAUCUUGCUAAUUCAUGGGCCAUGGUUACUGGUUUCUCUUUCAUGGUUGGACUAAGUGGUGCACUUGAGACAUUAUGUGGUCAAGGAUACGGUGCGAAAAUGUUCAGGAUGUUGGGGAUACAUCUUCAAACAUCAAGCAUCAUAUCAUUCUUCUUUUCUAUUGUUGUUUCUGUCAUCUGGUGGUAUUCGGAUCGAAUUCUGAUUUUACUUCAUCAAGAACCUGCCAUAGCACAUGAAGCAGGGGUGUUCUUGAAGUUCCUCAUACCUGGAUUGUUUGCAUAUGCUUUCUUGCAAAACAUUGUGAGGUUUCUUCAAGCUCAAUCGAUCAUCUUACCUUUAGCUUGCAUCGCGGUUGCAGCUCUAGUUCUCCACAUUGGCAUUGCAUAUGCUCUGGUUCAUUGGACACAUCUUGCUUUCAAAGGAGCAGCAUUAGCUGUUUCGAUUUCAUUUUGGAUCACAUUCAUUACGUUGAGUCUAUACGUGCUUUUCUCCAAGAAAUUUAGUCAUAUUAGGCCCGAAGGUCUCUCAUCCGAGCCACUUCUGCAUCUUUUUUCAAACUUGAAGUUGGCUUUGCCCUCUGCUGGAAUGGUGUGCUUGGAGUAUUGGGCGUUUGAGAUUCUUGUGUUAUUAGCUGGUUUGAUGCCAAACGCGGAAACAACUACUUCUGUCGUUGCAAUGUGUGUAAAUACAGAAACCAUAGCCUACAUGAUAUCUUAUGGCCUCAGUGCAGCUGCAAGCACGAGGGUGUCAAACGAGAUAGGAGCAGGAAAUAUCCGCAAAGCUAAACAAGCUAUGGCUGUUACUCUCAAGCUAGCUAUUGUUGCUGCACUCAUAGUUGAUUUGGCCCUAGGUUUUGGUCAUAAUGCCUGGGCUGGCCUCUUCAGUGAUGAACCGGAGAUUAUUCGCAAAUUUGCCUCAAUGACACCUCUCCUAUUAGUCUCUUUCUUGUUCGAUUUCAUACAAGGAAUUCUAUCAGGAGUGGCAAGAGGAUGUGGAUGGCAACGUUUCGCAAUGUGCAUCAACUUGGCAAGUUUCUAUUUCUUUGGUAUGACAAUAGGCGCGGUCUUGGCUUUCAAGUUCAACAAAGGAUAUAAGGGUUUAUGGGUAGGGUUGAUUUGUGGUCUAGCAUGCCAAUCUACUAGCUUGUUGCUAUUGACAUUCUUUAUAAAAUGGGGAAAAGAAGACCAAGUCUCAAAGGAUACCAACCAUGAAAAUGAACCCCAGCCUUAAAUUAAGGAUAGAGUUCAUGUAAUUUACUUGGAUUGAUCAUUUAUAAUUAAUUAAUUAAUU